GUCGAAUCUGGUUCCCAUCGCCUCCACCCCUUCUCCUCCACCCCUCCCCAUCGUCAUCGCAAUGGUCAACUACUUCCUGUACGAGAGCUCCUCUGGAUAUGCUCUCUUUGAGCGCUUGGAGUCAGAGGAGAUCGGUUCAAAGCUUGCAGAUGUUUGCGCUGCUGCCACCGAUCUCACCAAGUUUGGCAAGAUGGUCAAGCUCAAGUCCUUCGCCCCCUUCAAGAGUGCUGCCCAUGCUCUCGAGAACAUGAACGACGUCUCUGAGGGUAUCAUGAACGACCAUCUCAAGGCCUUUUUGGAGAUGAACCUCCCCAAACCCGGCAAAAAGUCUAAGGUCGUUUUGGGCGUCACUGAAAAGUCUCUGGCCGGAUCGAUCAAAGAGAGUCUCGGUUAUGAGUGCGAUGCCGGCGAGAUCGUCCUGGAUCUUGUCCGCGGUGUUCGUUUGUUUGCCGACAAGCUGUUGAAGCAGCUCAAGGAUGGCGAUCUCGAGCGUGCUCAGCUCGGUUUGGGUCACAGCUACUCUCGUGGAAAGGUCAAGUUCAACGUCCACCGUUCCGACAACAUGAUCAUUCAGGCCAUCGCUCUCUUGGAUCAAAUGGACAAGGACGUCAACACCUUUGCCAUGCGCAUCAGGGAGUGGUACUCGUGGCACUUUCCCGAGCUGGUCAGGAUUGUCAACGACAACUACAAGUACGCCAGACUCGCACAACUUAUCAAGAACAAGAGUGAUUUGUCAGAGAGCAAGUUGGAGGCAUUGGAGGAGAUUACAGGCGAUGCUGCGCAGGCACAGCAGAUCUUGGAUGCUGCCCGCGCAUCCAUGGGUACCGACAUUUCAGUGAUCGACAUGAUCAACAUUGAGAACUUUGCGAAGCGCGUGAUUGACCUUGCCGACUACAGGAAGAAGCUACACGAGUAUCUGAUCUCAAAGAUGAACAACGUUGCACCCAACUUGUCGGCCUUGAUUGGCGAGAUGGUUGGCGCUCGUCUGAUCUCUCACGCGGGUUCGUUGACAAACUUGUCGAAAUAUCCCGCCUCGACUGUCCAGAUUCUCGGUGCGGAGAAGGCUCUUUUCCGUGCACUGAAGACCAAGGGCAACACCCCCAAGUACGGAUUGAUCUACCACUCAUCGUUCAUUGGCCGUGCUGGAACGAAGAACAAGGGUCGUAUCUCUCGCUUUGUUGCCAACAAGUGCUCGAUUGCGUCGCGUAUUGAUUGCUUCAGUGAAUUGCCCACGACUAAGUUUGGUGAGGCAAUGAAGGAGCAGGUGGAGGAACGUCUGGAGUUCUAUGAGUCUGGAGCUACGCCGUCGAAGAACGCGGAUACCAUGAAGAAGGUGAUCGACAGUUUGAAGGACGUAGCAGAUGUGGACAUGGAGGAGGCGCCUGUGAAGGCUGGCAAGAAGAGGGCAGCGGAGGAAGACAAGGCCUCGGCCAAGAAGGCAAAGAAAGAGAAGCACGUCAAGGAAGAGAAGAAGGAGGAGAAGAAGGAAGAGAAGAAGGAAAAGAAGGAGAAGAAGGAGAAGAAGGAUAAGAAGGACAAGAAGGACAAGAAGUAAAGAGCGAGCGAGGGCACUCCAGAAGUGUGAGGCAGUAGCGCCGACAAUCUCCUCUUUCCUUUAUUCAUCUUGUUGUUCUGUAUCCAUCUUUUUUCAUUUUCAUUUUCAUUUUCAUUAUUAAAACGCAUCAUGUUCAAUCCAACGCUCAUUCAGUUGCGUUUCCCUGAAUACUCUUUCGCUUCUCUAUUAGUCUAUGGAUGCUAUGGGUGUCCCCCGAAGGCGAAGUUGAAGGCGAAGGUGUUCCGACGAAGUGGGUUCGAUUGCCACGUGAUGGUGA